GCCAAUGGAAUAAACAGGAAUAAACAUGGAGUUGUUGUGUUUGUGUUAAUCUGUUAAUGUUUCUGGAGCACCUGCCGCUUUUUUGCGAUUUCUCCGCCGUGAAUGAACUUUGCGGCCAAAUGAGCGAUUCCCUUUAAUACCGAAUUACUUUUAAAAUCCUGACUGCUGAUUGAAAAGGACCUUUCGACAGAAUGGCGCCGACUCUGCAACCUCAAAACAGCCAGCCGGAGAAGCGGCCGAUGGGCCCUCCCGGCGCACGAACUGCCCCCCAGGAAAGAAAAACAGAUCUGGUUUGCCGCGUGAAAUACUGCAACACACUGCCCGACAUUCCUUUUGACACUAAAUUUGUCACUUACCCUUUCGACUCAACGAGAUUUAUUCAAAACAACCCCACGUCUCUUGAGAGAACCUACAAGUAUGAAGUGCUGGCGGAGCACGACCUUGGGGUCACUAUUGACCUCAUCAACAGCGACGCCUACGCCAUAGACCAAGAUGCGAUGCUGGAUCCCAUCGACGAAAAACUCCUCGAGGAAGAAGUCUCGACGCCACAAGAUGCCAACAGGAAAAAGAAACACUCCAAGAGCGUGUCAUGGUUGCGCCGAACAGAAUACAUUUCCACAGAACAGACAAGAUUUCAGCCCCAAACCAUGGAAAAAGUUGAGGCUAAAGUUGGCUACUCUGUUAAAAAAGCCCUCAAGGACGAAACCUUGUACAUGGACAGGGACAGUCAAGUCACAGCUAUCGAGAAAACUUUUGCCGAUUCAAAGAUCACCAUCGAGAAGCACUACAGCAAACCUAAUGUUGUUCCAGUUGAAGUUCUCCCAGUCUAUCCUGACUUCAAAAUGUGGAAAUACGCCUGUGCUCAAGUCAUUUUUGAUUCGGAUCCGGCCCCUGUUGGUAGAUCUGUGCCUGCUCAGAUUGAAGAAAUGUCUCAGGCCAUGAUUAGAGGUGUGAUGGACGAGAGUGGAGAACAGUUUGUGGCGUACUUCUUACCUACAGAAGAUACUCUGAUAAAAAGAAAACAAGACCAGAGUUUGGGCAUGGAGUGGGACGACGAAAGUAACGACUACACUUACAAAAUGGCUCGAGAGUACAACUGGACUGUCAAGAGCAAGGCCAGCAAGGGCUAUGAAGAAAAUUACUUUUUGGUUGUGCGAGACGACGGAGUUUAUUUCAAUGAGCUCGAGACUAGGGUUCGACUGAACAAGAGAAGGCAAAAGCAGGGAGGUGUGACAAACACCAAGCUCUUGGUUCACCACAGACCACUCAAUGAAGCUGAACACCAGACGCAACGAGUCAGAGAAAAAGCUUUGGAGACCAUUUGUGAAGAAGAUGACGACGAACCUAUGGCCGAGGACGAUGAUCAGGAAAAAGAGCAAAGUGAUGCUGAGGACCUUGAAAAUGAAAGCCAAGAGAAAAAUGACGAGAAAAUGGAAACAGACGGUGAGAAAUCCGGCGACGAAAGUAACAAAAGUAAUUCUGACAAAGAGGGCAGUGAAAAUGAAGGAAGUGACAACGAAGCUAGUGGCCAUGAAGGCAGCAAGAAGGGUUCUGAUGCUGAGAGUGGUGACGAAGGAAGCAAGAAGGGCUCGCCUGCAGCUUCACCACAAGGAUCAAAAGCUUCGUCCAGCAGUAGUAGCAGUUCUAGCGGAAGUGCAUCGGAUUCUGACUCAGAUUAAAAUUGAUGUGGAAAAUAAAUUUUAAUAAUUGUACAACAUGAAAAAACUUGACUUUAAUUUUAAAAAUUAAGUUAUAAGAAAAUAACAUCAGAACAAAAG